UGUAAGUCGGAAGUUACGCAGAUACCGGUGGGACGGGUUGCGCUGUUCCUAUAGAGCUGGUCGCUAUUCCUCAACCUGUUUAAGGCAGGUCGGGGCGCGUGCCAGAGGGGCGUUACGGAGAUAGCGUAGGGAGGCGCCGCUGACCGUCAAUUGAUUCCUGCUCCUAGGACGUGGCGGGUCCCAGGCAGAGUCGCCUGAACGAGAAGGCAGGAGACCCCUGAGGAGAGCGCGGGCAGCUGGGCUGGGGCCAGACCCGCCUGCCCCGAGCCGGACAGCUAGAGCCCCCGACCCCGGCUCUCGGCGGGCGGGCCGGGCUCGGGGCCGCGCCAUGUGGCCGCGGUCGGUGUGCGUGGCCCUGCUGGCCCUGGCCGCGGGCUACCUCUUCGUGCGGGAGCCCGAGCUGCCCGGCGCGGCGCUGCGCUACCUGGCCGGCCGCCUGUGGGCCGAGCCGGCCGAGAGCAGCAUGGCGGCGGCCUGGGAGGCGCUUAUCACCCGGCCCGCCCGGCCGUGGAGCAGAGUGGCCGUGGGAGUCAAUGCCUGUGUAGAUGUAAUCGUCUCCGGUGUGAAGCUGUUGCAGGCACUUGGUCUUGAUCCUGGGGAUGGGAAAGAUCAUGCUAUCUUGAGUUCCAGAAAGGACCUGAAAGAAGCCUUCAUCCACUUCAUGCAGAAGGGGGCAGCUGCUGAGCGCUUCUUCAGUGAUGCGGAGACCUUCGAUCACAUUGCACGAGCAGCCUCAGAGUACCCUGGGGCACAGCUCUAUGUGGGAGGAAAUGCUGCCCUAAUUGGUCAGAAACUUGCAACAAAUCCAAACCUGAAGAUCCUUCUUUGUGGUCCAGUUGGUCCUACACUCCAUGAACUACUUGAUGAUAAUGUAAUUGUCCCACCAGAAUCUAUGCAGGAAACUGAUGAAUUCCACCUCAUCUUGGAGUAUCAAGCAGGUGAAGAAUGGGGACAGUUGAGAGCUCCCAAUGCCAACCGCUUUAUCUUCUCCCAUGACCUAUCAAAUGGAGCCAUGAACAUGCUGGAGGUGUUUGUGUCCAGCCUGGAUGAGUUUCAGCCAGACCUUGUAGUGCUCUCAGGGCUUCACAUGAUGGAAGGGCAGAGCAGGGAAGUGCGUGAGAAGAGACUUCUGGAGGCUGUGACUUCCAUCUCUGAUAUCCCCACUGAUAUCCCCAUACACCUGGAAUUGGCCAGUAUGACUGACCAGGAUCUCAUGAGCAAGAUUAUGAAUCAGCAGGUCUUCCCCCUGGUGAACUCUGUUGGGCUAAAUGAACAGGAGCUGCUGUUCCUCACCCAGUCAGCCUCUGGUCCUCAUGCCUCCCUUGGUUCCUGGAAUGGAGUUCCAGAUGUGGGCAUUGUCAGUGACAUCCUUUUCUGGAUUCUGAAGAAGCAUGGAAGGACCAUGGACAAGGCAUCUGAUCUUACCCGCAUCCACUUCCACACACUGGCCUAUCACAUUCUGGCUACAGUGGAUGGGUAUUGGGGCAACCAGAUAGCAGCUGUGGCUGCUGGAGCCAGAGUGGCAGGGACACAGGCUUGUGCAACUGAAACCAUUGAUACUGACAGAGUCUUUCUUAAAGCUCCCUUGGAGUUUGUGACCUCCCAUACAGAGGCACCCUCCAAAAUCUCUUUAAAUCCAGGUGAUCCAGUGGCACAAUGGCACAGAGAGGGAAUCUCAUUCCAUUUCACCCCUGUUUUGGUGUGUAAAGAUCCCAUCCGGACCGUGGGACUUGGAGAUGCUAUUUCAGCUGAAGGACUCCUAUAUUCAGAACUAUACCCUCAGUAGCCUAUGGAAACGAGACACCUUUUUCUCCAAGAAUUUAGUGUCUGAGGAAAUGUGUUCUCAAGGGGAUUUCAGACAGUAUGGUGGGGGGUGGAAUUUGGGAUACUAAACAGUCUCUGGAUAUUACCAGAGAAGAGCCAAAGAAUACAUUCCAGCCACUUGGCAGUGACUUGAGAGUGUUUCUCAUGUUAAUGUAAAGUUGUAGGAUUUUAAUUCAGAGACUGGCUUUUUGUCUUUGUCUUAAGCAUGUCGGGAGGAGGGAAACUGAUACCAAAAUCCCUGUUUGGAACAGAGUUGCUGAUUGUUAAUUUAAGCCAGUUGUGUCUAUAGUGCUUGAAAGCAAGGCAGCCAGACAGAAUUUCAUGCUUAUGAAUCCCAGGGAGUACACAGCAGUCCUCAGCCCCAUCUUGCUUCUGAUAAAGCAAAAAUAAAAGGCUCUUGCAUUAUCUCCUAGCAGCAUAUUGCUACAUGGCAAGAGCAACCCUUCCACUUGCUCAGUAUUGUGAUCAUAUCACUUAUUGACAAAAUUACCUCUCAGCCUCAGCACCCCAAGCGUAGGAGGGAGCCAGAGUAAACAGUGCUGAAAUGUGAUACGUACUGUACAUAUUCCCUAUAUGCACAGAGCUUCAGUGGAAGCUCUAAAUUGUUUUGGGUAUCUGUGCAGCUGGGUAUCACCUGCAAGCUCCUUUUUAAUUUCUGGGUAGGGCAGAGUAAGAUACUGAAGACCUGUCCUUUGGGAGAUAGCUUAGGUGCUUGUUUACCUUAAAAUGAGCCUCAAAUCUAAAUGUGGCUUAGAUGCACAGAAAUCGCCCUGUGUUUCAGCUAGUGAGGCUCACCAUUCUUUCCUUUGUGGUGUAUGCUCAUGCCAGCCUCAUCCUCCAGUUUAUGGAUAGGCUAUUGCUGAAGACGACUUGAUUUAUUUUUAUGCUAGUGCUGUUGCAUAAUUUUCUUGGACCUGCAUAUCUUUGAUUUGGAGGGGUUUUGUUCUUUUGGGUGGUCUCUGGAUAGGUAAGUCAUUACUGGUUUUAAGGUAGCUGAACUGACCUGUCCUUCACAUGCUAGAAAUCCUCUCCAGGUACUAAUGAGAAAUGCUAGGAAGAAGACUUCCAGUUGAGAUUGGAAGUAUGUUUGGUGUGUGUAGCACAGUUUAUUUAUUAUGAAUUGCCUACGUGCAUAUAAUUCCACUGCUUUAGGCAACCUCGUACAUCACAGAAACAGAGCAUGCGCAUCUUACUGUGAGCACCACAAGAAAAUUGCCUUGUAGCAUAUAUUUAGCUUAGCUUUUUUUUAAAUUAAACGUUGUUUAGAGUAUCAUUUUUCUCUUGGUACCACUUGUCUCAAGAGCAUUGUACUAAGGCUUUCUGUGUUGCCUGCUUCCCUUUGAGAAUUAGUUGAAACUGUAAGCCUAUGCUUGCACAGAAGCAAAAUACAAGUCUACUUCAGUGUUGAUUGAAAACUCAGUAUGACUGGCAUGUCUAUGUAAUGGUUGAUAAAUGUUGCCACUAUCUUCCUGGCUACCUGUUGAAAAAGCCCACACAAUAACCAGCUGAAACUGGAAGGCAGCAUCCUGCAGUUCCUCACUCCAUGCUUUCUGUGCCCCAAACUAGCUCCACUUAGCUCAAAUGUGCUUUUCCAGGCCAAACAAUGGAAUACACAAAACAUGAGUUUCACCCAGAACAUUUCUCAUACACUUGUAGGACACUGUAUGUCUGAGGGUCUCCUUCCUAUAUCUGAUAGCAAUAGUGCCAGCUCAUCACCACUGCUUGGUAUUUUGAACUGCUUUUGUUGAGUAAUAGAAGUGGAAAAAUUACUCUAGCUAUUCCAAGCGCUGUUAUUUCAGUUAUCCGAGCUGCAAUGUCAUUGUUGCCAGCUCUAAAUUAUACUCAUCAAAGUUCUCUCAUUGCUUUGAAGUUCUGAGCUGGAAAAUGAAUCAGAGUUAAAAGCUGGUUUUCUCUGAGCAUUAAAAAAAAUAAAAAAAAAUCCCCCCAACAGUGGGCAUGUGAAUGAAUUUGUUAGCCAAAUGGGCUGAAAAAAAAAAUCCAGUACUUGUUUCACUUUUGUGAAGGGAAGGCUAGAGUAGCAUGAGUAUCAAAUAUGCUUUAAAAAUAACUUUGAAACUGUUCUCACCUACAUUUCUCUCUCUUCUCUAUAUUGCUAUGAAUCAUGCUAUGAAACCCACAUAGGUAGGUGAUCCAAACCUUGAUUAGCGUUAGGCUCCUGAGCAGGACUUCCCAGCUGUUCUGUAGGCUAGGCAGUGUCUUACAUUCCAACGGCUGCUGACACAAUACUUGAGCUCACCAGCAUGGCACUAAGCCAGCAGGCCUGUGGUGUUUAGUUGCUGGUUAAGGGCAGCUGCAUUUCAUAUACCCCGUAUUUUUCCGUGUAUAAGACGCCCCCAUGUAUAAGACGCCCCCCACUUUUCUAACCCCAAAUUCAGGUUUUUUGUUUGUUUUU